AUGAUCCGUAUUGUAUUAUUGCUCGUUCUAAUAACACUCGCGUUGUCAGCUAGAGAGCCUAAACAAAUAAAUUUAACCAAUCAAGGGACAAUAGCAGGAAUGUACAUAACGAGGUUCAGAACAAAGAGAAUCGCCGCCUAUUUAGGAAUACCAUAUGCUGAGCCCCCGAUCGACUUCAGAAGGUUUAUGGCACCGGAGUACACUGUUUUGACUUCGUGGGAUGGGGUGCGAAAUGCGACUUUAUACGCACCAGAUUGUAUGCAAAGUGAGGCGAAAAGCGACGAUGUACAACAAAGGACUUGGAACAAACAUGAUGAACUGUUUAUGAAGCUACUCGAUUCGCAAUUGGAGCAGCCAAGGAAAAAGGAGUUUUCCGAGGAUUGUUUGUAUUUGAACGUUUACGUUCCGGCUGACGGUGAGAAUUCGGAAAUUUGUUUUCAUUAA